AUGGUCAACUCGUAUCAGCUCUAUCUUGUAGCCAAGAAGAUUUUCAUUCCAAUUCCUCCUAAUCCAACUCCAUCAAUUCCACCAGAACCUUCCAUUGCUCCGCCAAAACCUGAACCAACUCUUAUUCCUCCUAAACCAUCUCUGCCAACACCAAUUCCAAGUUAUUCGAAAGGUCCUGCUCCACCUCAACCAGUUCCAUCUCCUCAACCAAUAACUUCAUUCGAAAGAGAAAAUGGAAUUCCACUUAUUAAAGAUUCAACAAUUUCCAAGAAAAUUCAAGCAGGAGAAUCAUCUCUCUAUCGAAUAACCAUUCCAUCCCAUUCAAGAUUGUCUCUUUCAUGUUCCACCUUAUCUGGAAAAGAUAUUCUUGUGUUGGUUGGUGAAAAUUUCAAACCAACAAAUCAACACUAUUCCUUAAGAAUGUUUUCAAAUCACAUUCAAUCAUUGGAUAAUCCUUCAUCAAAUUCUCAAAUUUAUUUCAUUGUAAUUGAGGGUCCUAGUGAAGGUUUCUCCCAAUUUACACUUUUACCAUCUGUUGCUCAAUUGAAUGUACGAUCGGCAUCAUCUUCAUCUCAACAUUUAAUUGGUCAAAGUGUCACUGGAUUUAUUGUAACUAUUGUACUAUUGACAUUAUCCUUAAUUGGAGCUUUAAUUGUAAUUCUUUCUUGUGGAAUUUAUUGGAAAAAGAAAAGCAAUAGCGAACUAUACUCCCUAGAGACAACUGGAUUAGUAAGAAGAGGAAAUGCGAAUUCAUUACAAGUAGAAGCAAGUUAUUAUAGUGAGAAUAAUUUAUAA